UGUCAGUUGUAUGUUGUUGUUUAAACUUUUCUAUUAAUAUAUAUUAUAUCUUGGUAUUAUAUCUUGAAUAACUUUCAACCAUUCAAGUAAUAUUUAUCUUAUUAUUUUAUACAGUAAUAUUUCAAAAGUUCUAAAAAUGGGUAAAAAGUCGACUACUUCUACUAAUAAAAAUAAAGAAAAACGCCAAGCCAGAAAGUUAGAACAACGCCGCAUUGCUGACGGUAUGUCACAUGUUACUGCUGCCAAUAAAAUUGACGACUUGACAAUCCUCUGCAAGGACCUCCUUGUGUACCAGACAAAAGACUUACAAGUGGAUAUCUUAAUACAGAGGGUGAAUCAAUUAAACAAGAGUAUUCUUAAUUGGGCAAUUGACCUCAUUGAACGGAAUAUGAAGAAAUUGUAUGAAACCUGUGCUUGGGGCUGGAAUAAAGAACGUAAAGUAGAAGAAAUGACAGAUGAUUCAGCAUGGUAUAUCAUUGCUAAAGAGGCUAAUGGAACUCUCCUUGCUUUUUCACACUUCAGAUUUGAUAUGGAUUUUGGAGAACCAGUACUUUACUGUUACGAAGUACAAGUGGAGGCAGCUGGUCGGCGGCGCGGCGUCGGGCAGCAUGUUCUCAGCGUACUGGAGAAGUUAGCACGCGACACGCGCAUGCGGUUCGUGCGCCUCACCGCUCUCACCCACAACCCUUCUGCGUAUGCUUUCUUCAAAGCCUGCGGGUACAGUUUAGACGAGACAAGCCCGCCAAUUGAGGAAGCAGCGCAUUAUGAGAUCCUGAGCAAGGCGAUAGACGCUGAUGACAGUCAAGUAGUCGACGAAACCAAACAGACCGAACAGUGUUCACUCAGCAAUGGGAUGAAAGCUGUAACGGUCAACGCCGAUCAAUCAUAGCAUACGCUUAAUUUGUAGAAAAUUAACAAAAGACAGUUCACAAAAAAAAUAGAACAGUACCCUAAGCGAUUGAAACAGUGAAAGCUAAAUAGAAUAAAAUCUAUAAGAGAUUCAUCGCAUUGUUAAUUUAUUUUGUUAUCUCUCACAAAUACGAAAACGUGAUUGAUACUGAUAGUACGUGUUAAUUCUGAUCUUGAACAAUGAUAGCAUAAUGUGUAAUAAAAAGUUAAUCUAAAAGUAUUAAAACGUUAAGUAAAAAAUAUUCUAUGAAAGUUAUCCUCGAAUCCCGUAUAUUUACUGUUAACUAUAAGGUAAAUUUUUUACCUUAAUAAAAUGGAGUUGUCUAUGGUUUAAAAAUAAAAUAAGAUACCAUUUACAUAUGAUUUGUUUUUUU